UCAUCUGCACCAAGCCUUGAUCUCCCCAGCAGACUAAGGGCUGCGGCCAUCAUGCCACAAUGGUUAUAAUUUGGAUCUUGCUGCUGAGUUUGUUGCAGGAAUCUUGGUCCCAAAGGUUGGCUGCGGAGGUGCUCAAGGUACCUUAUUGUGCCAAAGGCCAGACGUGUGACCCAAGGCUGCGCAGAGAUGCUGGGGGGCGCGGCGGGGUCUAUGAGCAUCUCGGGGGAGCACCCAGACGCAGGAAACUCUACUGUGCCACUAAGUAUCACCUCCAGAUCCACUCCAAUGGGAAAAUCAACGGCAGCCUGGAGAAAAACAGCGUCUUCAGUAUUCUAGAGAUAACUGCGGUUGAUGUUGGAGUCGUUGCCAUCAAAGGGUUGUUCUCUGGCAGCUACCUGGCCAUGAACAAAAGGGGCAGACUUUAUGCUUCAGAAUCUUACAAUGCAGAGUGUGAGUUUGUGGAAAGGAUCCAUGAGUUGGGCUAUAACACUUAUGCAUCUCGCCUAUACCGGACAGUGCCCAAUGGAGCUAACACCAAACGCAAAGCCAGUGCCGAGAGACUCUGGUAUGUCUCCAUCAAUGGGAAAGGCCGACCCAGACGGGGCUUUAAAACCCGCAGGACACAGAAAUCCUCUCUCUUUCUGCCCAGGGUACUGGAUAACAAAGAUCAUGAAAUGGUCAAUCUAUUUCACACAAAUGUUAAAUACAAAGAGAGUCUACUGAAGCCUCCGAGUAAGAAUAAAAGAAGGAGGAGAGGACACCAAUGGAUUCCUUGGGGGGAUUGGGGUGGGGACUGAAAGCAAAGAAGAAUGUUCGAAGUGUGACUAGAAAACAGACAGCUGUGACUGUAUG